AUGGAGCCAUGGGUGUAUCUGGACCCGCGUCAGAGGGCUCUGUACCGAGACGUCAUGCAGGAGAGCUAUGAGACGCUUAUGUCUCUGGCUGCAGACAAAUUGCUGAACAGCAGUAAUAACGAGGAGGAGGAGGAGGAAGACGAAGAGGAGGACGAAGAGGAGGACGAAGGCCCCGAGGAGUUGCGGCCUGGCACGUCUCAAAGCACCCCUAAGCGAGUCAGGCCGUUGGCGCACCGGAGCAGUCCCAAGCCGCAGAAACUACCCCCCAUGGUGAAGAAGCAGGACAAGGCCACCCAGCGGGGCCACGCGUUGAAGAAAAGCCUGGAGAGCCGGUGUUCAGACUGCACCAAGGGCCUGUCUACCGGCGGCAGCAGGGGCCGGCAGAAGAGCGAGGCCAACGCGGCUCGGGAGAAGCCGUUCCAGUGCACGGACUGCGGGAAAAGCUUCAUCUGGAGCUCGCACCUGGAGCGCCACCGGAGGAUGCACACCGGGGAGAAGCCCUUCAAGUGCCACAACUGCGGGGAGGCCUACAGCCAGAACUUCCACCUCCUGCAGCACCGGUGCUCCCAGCUGAUCGAGAAGCCCUUCAAGUGCCAGGACUGCGGCAAGCGGUUCGCCCAGAGCUCCGCCCUGGAGAACCACCGCAAGGGCCACACGGCGGAGAAGCCCCACAAGUGCACCGACUGCGGGAAGUGCUUCAUCUGGGCCUCCCACCUGGAGCGGCACCGGCGAGUGCACACCGGGGAGCGGCCUUUCAAGUGCCCCGAAUGCGGGGAGACAUACAGCCAGAGCGCCCACCUGGCCAAGCACCGGCGCAACCACAUGGGGGAGCGGCCUUACAACUGCCCGGCCUGUUGGAGGAGCUACGCGCAGAUCUCGGAGUUGGAGGAGCACAAGAAGACCCACCUGGGCUGUGAGGACUGCGGGAAGGUCUUCCGCAGCCGGCAGACCCUGAUGCGGCACCAGCGGGGCCACCGCCGUGAGCGCACCCACCUCUGCGAGGAGUGCGGGAAAGGGUUCGUGUGGGCCUCCCACCUGGAGCGCCACCGCCGGGUGCACACCGGGGAGCGCCCGUUCCCUUGCCCCACCUGCGGGGAGAAGUUCGCCCAGAAAGUCCACCUCCUCCAGCACAACAAGACCCACUCGCACGCGCGGCCCUACAAGUGCGGGGACUGCGACAAGCGCUUCGGGGACAGCUCGGCUUUCCUGGCCCACCAGCGGGGCCAUGCCAUGGAGAAGAACCACAAGUGCCAGUACUGCGGGAAAAGAUUCGCGUGGAGCUCUCACCUGGAGCGGCACCAGAGGAUCCACACAGGGGAGAGGCCCUACAAGUGCCCGGACUGCCCCGAGCACUUCAGCCAGACCUCCCAGCUCUUCAAGCACCAGCGCUGCCACCUGGGCAAGAGGCCCUACAAGUGCAGCGAGUGCGGGCGCAGCUUCGGCACCACCCUGGAGCUCCUCAUCCACCAGCGGACCCACAUGGGGGGCAAGCCCUACCGGUGCUCGAGCUGCGGGAAGGGGUUCACCCGCCGGGCCAACCUCUUGAAGCAUCAGAGGUGUCACUUCAAGGAGUCCCUCUAGGAGACGUCCUGCC